AUGGAUUCAGAGUCUCUGAAUCUUCUACCUAGUAGCCAGAAAUCCACCCAAUCCGCCGGCAAGGUAGAAGAAGACCCACAAAUCUCACCCGUAGCUUUACUCUCUUUUAGCACGGAUUCUUCCUCGUCCCCGAAUUCGAGGGUCUCAGCUAAAGCUAUUAUCUUUAUCUCUCUUAUCCUCACAACUUGUAUAGCUCUCUCCGCAGCUGCUGCCUUUGCCUUUCUCUUCUUCUCCUUCAGCCAUGCCUCAUCACCAGAACCAGCUGCGGAGGUUGCUCGUUCUCUGACUAAACUGAAGCGACCAGUUGUGCUUGUGAUUUCCUCAGAUGGGUUUCGGUUUGGGUAUCAAUACAAGACCAAUACUCCUAAUAUCCACCGGCUAAUUGCUAAUGGGACUGAAGCUGAAUUGGGUCUGAUCCCAGUGUUUCCCACUCUAACAUUUCCCAAUCACUACUCAAUUGUCACUGGUUUGUACCCAGCUUAUCAUGGGAUUAUUAACAACUAUUUUACUGAUCCUAACACUGGUGACUUGUUCACCAUGAGGAGUCACGAGCCCAAGUGGUGGCUAGGGGAGCCUUUGUGGGAGACUGUGGUCAACCAUGGAUUGAAAGCAGCCACAUACUUUUGGCCUGGUUCUGAGGUAAAUAAAGGUUCUUGGAAUUGCCCUCCUAAAUAUUGCAUGCAUUAUGAUGGUUCUGUGCCUUUUGAGGAUAGAGUUGAUUAUGUUUUGAAUUACUUUGAUUUACCAAGCGAUGACAUACCUGUGUUUAUGACAUUGUACUUUGAGGACCCUGAUCAUCAGGGUCACCAGGUUGGCCCUGAUGACCCUCAAAUUACUGAAGCUGUUGCUAGGAUUGAUCAGUUAAUUGGUAGGUUAAUUGAUGGCUUAGAGAAAAGAGGGGUUUUUGAGGAUGUGAGUAUUAUUAUGUUGGGUGAUCACGGGAUGGUAGGUACGUGCGAUAAGAAGUUGAUCUUUUUAGAUGAUUUAGCUCCAUGGAUACAAAUUCCUAAGGAAUGGGUUCAGUCGUAUACUCCAUUGCUCUCAAUUCGUCCUCCACCAGGUAUAUCCCCCCAGGAUGUCGUAACUAAGAUGAAUGCCGGGUUGAGUUCUGACAAGGUUAGCAAUGGUAAUAGAUUGAAAGUCUAUCUCAAGGAGGAUCUGCCUAGUAGGCUGCACUAUCAUGCUAGUGAUCGAAUUCCACCUAUCAUUGGCCUACUUGAGGAAGGGUUUAAGGUGGAACAAACAAAAUCGAAAAGGCAAGAAUGCGGAGGAGCACAUGGUUAUGAUAACGCUUUUUUCUCAAUGAGGACUAUAUUUAUUGGCCAUGGCCCUCAGUUUUCAAGGGGUCGCAAAGUUCCGUCUUUUGAGAAUGUUCAGAUAUACAACUUGGUUACAGAUAUUCUCAAGAUACAAGGGGCUCCUAACAAUGGGACAUCAUCUUUCCCUUCUACCAUUCUUUUGCCUAGCCCCUGA